AUGGACACGGAUCUCGCUGCACUUUUGCCUGCUUCACGCUUCCUGUGCGGCUGCGUCGCGGCGUUACUCGAGAUCCUUCCAGCUCAGCUCGCGGCGAAUCCAAAAGAGCAUUUUCUGGGAGGUGUCGGCAGAAAGCUCGCCGAACUCUCACAGUGCGAGUCUGUGCCCGACGAGGCGCAAGAUCCGUCCGUUGCCACAGUGGGCGCUGGUUCGCCUUCCGUGCCAGAGGCAGCGGAGCCGAUCAAAUGCAAGCGGGACAUGACCUGCCGAUGCCCGGAGUGCUGUGCCAUGUUGGGGCUUGUGGCAGCGUCUGCCGGCGCGGCUACGUCCCCUGGCUCACUGGGUGCGGUAGAUCUGGAGAUGGCGCUGCAGACUUUGCAUGAGAUGGUGCGCUGUCCCAAGCUUACGUUGGAGUUGGAGAUUUUGAGAAAGCAGGAGAAGGCCAUGCGUGCCCUGAUGCAAGCAUCGAUGGAUGAUGAGCAGCAGGGAAAGUCCUCACUUCUUGCCCACCUUCUGCGCGCCGAAGGGGCCGGGUUGCGUGACCUCACCUUGUUGUGUGCGUCCCCGCUGGACAACGUCCGAUGGAUGGCCAUUGCUGUCCUGCUUCGGUUGAUGAAGAGAGCCCAUGGAGACAAGGGGGACGGCCUUGAAAGCCACGUGAGGCUCGACGACGACCAUCAGGUACGGCUCCUGUCGGACCGCAUCUACACGCAGCUGUAUGACAUGGAGCGUCUUGCUCAAGCGAUUGCCACUGUCGCCACCCCAGACACCUCUGGAAGAUGUGAUGGCGAGGAUGAGACUGAUACCAUACUUUGCCUUGGCCUCGAUGACAGAGAGCUGGGGGCCCUCUGCACCCUGUGCCGCGACGUGUCGCGCGCCCAGCGCGACAUGCUCGACGCCAUGACCCUGCCCGCGAGCAUCGUCCAGCGCAUCGAGGGCUGCCUGGCCGAGAGGCCUCGGUGGAGGGAGGGCUUCUUCGUGAAGCUGAGCACCCGCUCCCCGAAAGACAGCGUCUUCGACCUUCCGCUGAAGGUCCAUUCCGGGCGGGAGGCGUGCCUCCUGCUCGCGUCGAGCCACCGGGUCGCUGAUGACUUGGAGGCGGAGAAGAGCCUCCGUAAGAUGGGUGAUGGUUCCGAGAUGUUUGGAGUCAUCCUUCGGGCCUGGCUCAGCUGCGAGCCUUGCCAGGAGUUCCGGGCCUUCGUCUUCGACCAGCGGCUCACUGCCUGCUCUCAGUACUUCUGUGACCCCGAGGACGUCCAUCCCAGCUUGAUUCAGAUGCUGGAUCGCGUCGGGCGUGCGCUUCACGGGGCCUACGCGUCCAAGCUGCAGCGCAUCCUCCUGGGCGCCGGGCUUCGGCACGCAGUGCUCGACCUCGUGGUGCCGUGGAACUCCUGGGGCGAGGACGCGGACGAACAUUCCGACGCGCGGUCGGUGAGGCUCAUCGAGCUGAACAGCUUCGGGUUCAGAAGCGGCGCCUGCCUCUUCGACUGGGACGCCGAGGCCGACCUUGACGUGAUUGCUGGGAGGGUUCCCUUCCAGCUGCGCGUGCGCCGCGGAGAUCCUAGGCCCUGUGCCUUCCAGAUGCCGGACGUGGCGGCGGAAGAUGACGCCGACAUGCAGAACUGGAGCGGCACCCACCAAAGGAAAGUCCGCCGGGUCUGGUCCCCCGACUCUUUGGACCAGCUGUGGUUUCUGCUGCAGUGGGCCACACAAAACCGACAGAAGGUGCGGCCGGUGGGAAUGAAUCUGUCGCCGAAUGGCUUGGCGAUGGAGGAGCGUGGGAUGCUGUCCAUGGGCGAGCUUGAUGCCAUCAAAGGUGUGGACAAGGAGGCCGGGACCAUCACGGUGCAAGCCGGAGCCCGCGUGUCGCAGAUCCUGCAGGAGCUGCAGAAGCAUGGGCUGACGUUGGAGAACUUCAGCUCCAUCACAGAGCAGCAGGCCGCUGGCUGGACGCAGGUGAGCGCCCACGGGACGGGGGCGCGCAUCCCGCCCGUGGACGAGAUGAUCACCUCCAUGCAGAUGGCCUGUCCUGGUCGAGGUGUGCUCAGGGUGGGUGCUGACGAUGCGGACCCCGCCCUCUUCCGCUGGCUUCGUGUUGGGCUGGGCACCCUGGGCGUCGUGCAGGAGCUCACGCUCAAGGUCAUCCCGCGCUACACGCUCCACGAGAGGACCUACUGCGUGACAUACGAGGAGCUGGAACGGGAUCACAAGCGCCUGCUGCAGACCUACCGGCACGUCCGCUACAUGUGGGUCCCCUACACCGACACCAUCGUCGUGGUGGUCUCCGACGUCGCCGAGCCAGGCGCCGAGGCCAAGCCAGCACUUCCGGAAGAGCAGCGGGUAGAACCGCUGAAGGAGCUGCUGAAGAGCAUGGUGGAGGACUGCGGGGACUUGGAGGGCAAGAACUUCGCGCAGCUGCGAGAAAGGCUGCUGGAGCUCGCCCCCUUAGACCCGGAGCACGUGGCGAAGGUGAACCGGGCGGAGGCCGAGUUCUGGCGGCGCUCCGCCGGCGAGCGCAUCGCCGACUCCACGGAGAUCCUGGGCUUCGAGUGCGGGGGCGCGCAGUGGGUUCUUGAGAACUGCUUCCCGUGCGGAACCAUCGACGAGCCAACGCUGGCUGACAUCCGCUAUGUGAAGGAGAUGAAGGAGGUGAUUGAGAAGAAGGGCAUCGCUGCGGCGUCGCCCAUCGAGCAGCGGUGGACCUCCAG